AUGCCGCCGGCAGCGAAAGGGCAGAAGCAUACGACGUUUGACGACGAUGAUCUCGAGCCAGAGUUUGGCGAGGGCUUUGAGGGCGAGGAGAUGAAUGAGUUUGAUGAGAAGGACGAGGACGAGGACGAGGACGAGGACGAGGAUGACGAGGGCGAAGCGCAAGAUGACGACUCAGGCUCGGACGUCGAAGAGAUUGCCACGUCGUCGACACGCAAGCAGGCGCGGCAGCAGACCGCAAGCGCACAGAAGCGCAAGGAACAGGAAAACGCUGCGCGACGUGCCAAAGAGCAGCGGAAAGCCAAGCCCGCUCAUACUUCGCGCCGGGCACGACGUGUGCAGGCAGAGGAGGAUGACGAGGAUGACGAGGAGGACGAGGAGGACGAGGACGAGAAACACGAGGACGCAGGCGAGUCGACUGCGACGCGUCUGGACCCUGCGCUCUUUGCCGCUGCCUUUGCACGCCACGACGCCGCUGCUCGGCAGGCGCUGCAGCCCCGCGAGGCACCGAAAAAGAAGCGCAUGGCACGCGGCCGCGAUGGCCAGCCGAUGAUGCGUGUGCAAGGCGAGCAGACGCUUGUGCGUGCGCUUUCGCCGGAGCGCGAUAUUGACGUCGUGGAUACGCCGCUCGAGCAUACUCCGUUGGACCCCGGCCGGGCGCUGCCGACGGCGCGCGAGCGUGCCUAUCGGAAACGCAAGCUGGGCCUGCGUGCCUCGGAUGUGCGCGCGACGGCGAUCGACGGCGGCAAGAAGCGCGCCGAGAAGCCUGCCAAGGACGCCAGUGACCCGCUGGGCAUGAACGACCCAGCGUUUAUGCCUGGCGGUGAGUUUGCGCACCUAGCGCGGCGAACGCGCUCGAAGCGGCCACGCGCAUCCUCGACCUCGGCCGGAGCACGGGGUGCCGGUGGGCGUGUGCAAGCGCCGCAUGCUCCGCGGAUGGGCCCUGCGCAAAACUUUGCGCGGUCGCGUGGGUAG